UAUUUUUUCCUCUUUUUUUCUUCUGUGUUGUCCUCCAGUGGGUCAUUGCCAUCCAGAUGUGGUUGAAGCAGGAGCAAAGCAAAUGGAGCUUCUCAACACCAACUCUCGCUUCCUACAUGACAAUCUGGUCCUGUAUGCUCAACGUCUCCAAGCCACUCUUCCUGAAAAGCUCUCUGUGUGCUACUUUGUCAACUCAGGGUCUGAGGCAAAUGAUCUGGCCCUGAGGUUGGCCUGGCAGUACACCGGCCACAAAGACAUCAUCACACUAGAGAAUGCCUACCAUGGUCAUGUGUCAUCGCUCAUUGAUAUCAGUCCAUAUAAGUUUCAGCAGAUGGCUUGUGCAGAGCCAAGCCAACAUGUGCACGUGGUGAGUAUUGCCGCUUUUAUCGCUGAGUCACUGCAGAGUUGCGGAGGGCAGGUCAUUCCUCCAGUGGGCUACUUCCAGAAAGUGGCACAGUAUGUACUACUAAGUGCUUGGUUAAAGCAUUUUAUUUACAUGAUUGCUGCUCCUCUCCUUCAUUUUUUAAGACUAAAAGAGCAGCGGAUACUGCUCAGUGCUGAUGGCCCACACCGCAACGUUCUGAAGUUCAAGCCUCCCAUGUGCUUCUCCAGAGAGGAUGCUGAACUCGUCGUGGAGAAGAUUGACCAAAUUCUGACAGACUUAGAAAAGACUUUGGGCCUCCAAAUGUCUGAAGCAGUAAUCUCAGAGAAUGGACACACUAAGAGAAAGGUAAUCUUGCAGGUUAUGUAAA